AUGCUGGCCACCCUCGUCUCUAAGCCUGGUGCUAGUCUGAUAAUCAAGCUCUGGAAUACCGGUUCAGAGCUCGAUGCUUUUUUGGCUGAGGUGGCAGAGUUCUAUAAAGGACCAUGGGUACGUAGCCGGUCUUUGUCAAAGCAGUCGGAUCCCCCUUCUUUGGGAUUUACGAAAACAUUGGAUCGCAGCAUUCCGAUUACCGCUGACUCUUCUGCCUGUCUAAAUACAACUACCUUACGCAAAAAUCGGCCAUUAGUUUCUCCACCCGCAUCAUCCAAACGUUUAUCAAAUCAUAUAGGCCUGCGUCUUAUCAAGCCCCAGGCGAGUCGUUCUGAUUCGGCUGAAAUUUACCUGGUGGCCAAAGGUUUUACUCAUCCAAAAUUGGCCGAAUGUUCAGGCCAAGAUGAAUAA